AUGGCAAUCUGCCACAAGGCCAGCACUAUUUUCGAUGAUCUGAUUGCCCAGGCCGAAGAUGACGGAGGAGAAGGGACAUCAGUGGCAACCCCAGACGUCAAGGCUUCUCGUGGGUGGUUUGAUAAAUUCCAUAAACGGACUGGUAUCCAUUCGGUGGUGCGGCAUGGGGAGGCGGCCAGCUCAGACACGAAAGCAGCCGAAGCCUUUAGUAAGACGUUUGAUGAGAUGGUGAUCAAGGAAGGCUACAGUUCUCGGCAAGUCUUCAACUGUGAUGAGACUUCAAGGGAUUCAACUUGUAGUUAUUAUGUGUAUUCUCCCACCGCUUUGGAAGUUGUUUUUCCAAUCCUGAUUGUGGGAUAUUUAUUUCAGAUUGAAGGACUUCUAGAUGAAGAAGAUUUUAGGCUUCAUGUGAAAAGAGAAGAGUUUGAAGAGCUUUGUGUUGAUGUUUUUGACCGUGUUAAGGGGCCAGUUGAUUCAGCACUUAUAUCAUCUGGAAUGGAUAUUUCUGCAAUAGAUCAGUUCAUUAUAGUUGGAGGUGCUACAAGAAUCCCCAAGAUACAAAUGAUGCUACAAGAUAUUUGGGGCCAUGAACUUGGGAAGAACAUAAAUGCUGAUGAGGCUGCAGCAAUGGGUGCAGUAUACAGAGCUGCAGACUUAGGACAAGGAUUCAAAGUAAAAAAGUUUCAUGUUAAGGAAGCUGCCUUGUUUCCAGUUGAGGUAGAUUUUGACCGUCAGAUUGAGAAUGAGGAUGGAUCUAAAGCAAUUAAAACUGUUAAGCGCUCCUUAUUUGCCCUAGGAAAUGGGUAUCCACAGAAGAAAGUAAUGACUUUUAAUAAACAUACAACGGACUUCAGUUUUUACGUUAAUUAUGGUGAUCUUGAUCAUCUUCCUAAAAAUGAAAAAAUGGCUGCAGAUGCAAAUAAUAUAACACAUGUUAUUGUGUCUGGUGUAACAUCUGCAUUUCAGAAGCAUCUCCAGGAAGGUAGUGAGCCCAAAGGUAUCAAGGCUCACUUCAAUAUGGAUGACUCUGGUGUCCUAAGCUUAGGUGCUAUGGAAGCAGUUUUUGAAAAGAGCAUUCUGGUUGAGGAAAAUAAACCUAAGGAAGAAGAAUCAACUUUAUCUAAACUUGGAAGCACUAUAAGUAAACUUUUUUCAGGAUCAGAAGAUGAAAAGCUCAAAAGCAACAAGACAGAAGAGAACAAUGAAAAACCUCAUGGAGAUGGGAAUGAAAAAGAAGAGAAGGAAGUAACUCAAGACGAAAGGAAAGUAGAAGAGAAGGUGAAGGAGGAAACAGAAAAGGAGCUGAAACCAAAGUUAAUAAUGGUUAAAGAGGACUUAAAUUUCACAGUAAAGUACUUAGAUGUACUCAAUUUGAGUCCAGAAAAUCUCAAGCUCUCCAAAAAGAAGUUGACUGAUAUAAAUGCUGCCGAAAGAGCAAGGAAUGAAAAGGCUGCUGCUCGUAACACCUUAGAGAGUUACAUUCUGGAUGCUCAGGAGAAGCUGUGGCAAGAGGAGUUUGAAAAGGCUUCAACAGAAGAGCAGCGCACUGUUGUUCGAGAAUUAUGUACUCAAGUAAGUAUUAAUUUUUAUUGUAUGGUACAAUCAUUUGUUGAAAAGUCAGAUUAUACAUCUAUUAGUAAAAUUUCCAUUUUGUAUUUUCAGUCUAUGUUUAAAUCAAGGGGAUGGCGAUAUAAUUGAUGAAAUUAAAGUUAA